AAAAAACUGAAAAAAAAACUCUCUAACACGAAAAAGAAGAAUCAAAUAAUAAACGAAAAAAGAAAAUCCCCAAUUUUCAAUACUAAAUCAGGUGUCUCCCUCUCCCCCUGUAUGUGUCUCUCUCUCUUUGCUUGUGAAAGAGGGUAAGGAAAGGGAUAGAGAGAGAAAGAGAAGAGACCCAUGUCCUGCAAAAUUCAUUCAAUUCAAUUAAUUAAACCCAACUUGGCUUUUGUUGUUUCUUGCCCUUCUUCUUGGACGCCAAAUUUUGAGAUCGCCACUGGGCAAAGCUGAGAGGGGGCAGAGAGAGAGAGAGACUUUACUGCUCUGACCUUGCAUGCUUGAGCUGCUGCUCCUUCCUGCCUUUUCCAUCUUGCCCCAACCAAUUCUCUCUCAUUAAUUGCUCGGCUCUCCCCAAUCACCAUCCCCAAAAUCUGCCUCUUUCCUUUCAAGACGACUCCUUCUCGCCAGUUAAGACUUGGCAUCAGAUUUCUUUUCUCGCCAGUUAAGACUUGGCAUCAGAUUUCUCUGCUUGUUUGACCAGAAAUGGAAGUUGUGGGUCUGCUAAUGCUUCCCGUGAUCUGUCCUUUCCCAGAAGUUAGUUUCCUACAUUGCAUCCCCUCAGGUUCGGUUUAGCUUCUUCUGCAAUUGAAGUUUGAUUCUUGAUUUAGCUGUUGGGUCGGAUUUUGGCGGUUCGAUUCGGCCGGGAAUUCAGUUUGUUAGAGCCAUGGAAGCAUGGAAUGGAGGGAUCUCCUUUCUGGGCUGCUCUGUUUUUGUUUCUGUUUCUGUGUUGAUGAUUCUAUGUGGGGUUGCUAUGGCUGGUUUUCAGAACGUUGGGAAGGUUAGCCCCGGGUUUGGAGGGACCCAGAUGAACUGGAUUGACAAGGACGGGAAGUUCCUCGUAUCUAAUGACUCGAACUUCGCCUUCGGUUUCAUCACGAUGAGCAGUGAUGUCACCCUGUUCUUGCUCGGCAUCGUACAUGUCGGGAUCCGGACCGUGGUAUGGUCCGCCAAUUGGGAAUCGCCUGUCUCGAAUUCUGACAAGUUCUCGUUCAACGAGAGCGGGGAUGUGGUCCUGUACAAGAGUGGUACUGUGGUCUGGUCCACAGGAACCGGUAACAAAGGUGUUUCCGCAAUGGAGUUGCAGGAUUCAGGAAAUCUUGUCUUGGUCAGAUCCGAUGGUGGGACUGUUUGGCAGAGUUUUAGCCACCCGAGCGACACCCUCUUAUCAAACCAGGAAUUCACAGAGGGAAUGAAGCUCGUGGGAAUCGGAGUGAAGAACCUGAGCUAUGCUCUCGAGAUCAAGUCUGGGGAUAUUCUCCUCUCUGCAGGGUACCGGACACCACAGCCCUACUGGUCCAUGGGGAAAGACACCCGGAAAAUCGUAAACAAGGACGGCAGGCAAGUCAGUUCUGCGAAACUUGAGGCAAACUCGUGGGGCUUCUAUGAUAAGAACAAGAACUUGCUCUGGGAGUUCAUCUUCUCGAGCAAUACCGACCCAAAUGCGACUUGGAUUGCAGUCCUUGGGCAGGAUGGAACAGUAUCUUUCACAAACCUCCCUAGCACUGGCUCGGGCAGUGUCGUGACAUCCCCAACAAAGAUCCCAAGCGCCACGAUCAGAUUUGAUUGACGAACCCUCGACCCGUUGUUUACGACAAAAACAAGAACCUUGGUAUAACUGACCUCAACCCGUUGUUUAAUGCGAAACAAAAACCUCGGUAUAUAGGAAGA